CCCAUAUACAGCGUGAUGUCCGCUACAGAGAUCUGCAGAGAGCACAACUAGACCGUACAUGGUUAUACUGUUGCAUUGCAUUGCAGGUGUAUUGGAGUAAUCAUGAAUUACACAAACAGUACCACUCAUCAUGGGCUUCAGAGUCUGCUGACUGGCACAGUCAGUGUUUUCUCCAGUCACACAUACAGCCCUACUCCUCUAAUCUCUUCUACCACGGAAUACUAUGACUACACAUGGGAUACUGCGGAAAUGGACAAAAGUAUGGCAUGCAAUUACACGCGUCACUCUGCCAGCUUCCUGCCUGCGCUCUACUCCAUCUACUUUGUGCUGGGGCUGCUGGGUAACGGGCUGGUGGUGUGGGUGAUCAGCUCGGGGGUGCGUCUGCGCAGCAUGACGGACGUGUGCCUGCUCAACCUGGCACUGGCCGACCUGCUGCUGGUCUGCUCGCUGCCCUUUCUAGCGCACCAGGCGCGGGACCAGUGGGUGUUCGGCGACGCCCUGUGCAAGCUGGUGCUCGGCGUGUACUACGUGGGCUACUACAGCGGGAUCUACUUCAUCGCCCUCAUGGGCGUGGACCGCUACCUGGCGGUGGUGCACGCCGUCUACGCCCUGCGGGUCCGCACGCGCUCCUACGGCAUCCUCGCCAGCGCCGUCGUCUGGGUCGCCGCCGUCUUGUCCUCGUUCCCGGAAGUGCUGGUGCUGAAACUGUCCAACAUCAACGCCACGGGCAAGUUCUUCUGCGACCGAGACUACGAGGGCAACGCCAGCCUCCGCGCCGGCGGCAUCUUCAAGAUGAACGUGCUGGGCUUCAUGGUCCCGCUAGCCAUGCUCACCUUCUGCUACAGCCGCAUCCUGCUGACGCUGCUGCACAGCCGCUCGGCCAAGCGGCAGGCGGUGCGCCUGGUGAUGGCGGUGAUGGUGGCCUUCCUGUUCUGCUGGACGCCCUACAACGUCUCCGCCUUCCUGUGGGGGCUGCACGUCUCGGGCUACCUGCACGACUGCGCCGCCAGCAACGCGCUGCUGCUGAGCCUGCAGGUGACCGAGGUGCUGGCCUACGCGCACUGCUGCCUCAACCCGCUGCUCUACGUGUUCGUGGGCGAGAAGUUCCGGCGGCACCUGCUGCGGCUGCUCAGCAGGAGCCCGUGCCUCAGGUGCGUCCGGUGCGGCGCGCUCAAGGACUACCUGGCCACCGCCAGCGGCUCCGUCUACUCCGUCUCACGCAACACCAGCCUGGAUGAGCGCUCCACGGCCAUAUGACGCGGUAGGGGCAUAAGGCUGCAAUCACACCCUGCCACUGAACCCUGUCUCUUGCUUUGGCCUGUGCUUCACCAGGAAAGACCCACUCCCUUCAGCUCCGUCAUCACUGUCCUUUGCCAGGUGUUCUUUGGUCUGCCCCUUUUGCUUUUGCCGAUUGGUGUCCAUCUCAAGGCAACUUUGGGUGGUCUUUGGACGUAGUAAGUGUUUUUGGAUUGCAUAUAUAUAUAUUUUAUUAUGACCGCCGUGUAGGUGUAGUCAGAUUUUUCCUUUUUUCUCAAAGAUGAUACGGAGUCACUGUUUUUUGUUUUGAUCCGUUACCCCCCUCCGGACUGGAGCCCCUGAAAGGAGGGGCGCACGGACACAGUUUUCUGUGAAUAUUGUGAAAACCGUAGGGCCUAGUAGAAGGACCACAUUUUUGUAUAUUGGUCUUAAGGGGCCAUGUCAACCAAUCCCAUAACCACUCAUUUCAUGUAUAGCGCCACCAAAAGUGAGAUGUUGUAAUCACAGGACAGGUAUCACAGGUACACCAACUGGCCUGUAGAUGGCCGGACACAGUUUUCUGUGAAUAUCUAGACAACCUUAGGGCCAAGGAUGACCAAGUAAUUUUUCGUAUGUUGGCAUCCAGAGGCCAUGUCAACCCAUCCCAUAGCCACUCAUUUAAUGUAUAGUCCCACCUAGUCAAAAAUGAAAAAGCAAAAAUGAGGCAUUGUAAUGGCAGGUAUCUUUGGUUGACGGGUUCAAAACUGCACGAAAUGUUAAGUGUAGGAUCAUUAUGCCACCUUCUGAAUGUAUGCCAAGUUUUAUGUCAUGUUAUGUUUGUUCAUUGGGGACCAUACAGUAAAUUAAUAUAUGUUCACAUUUAGUGACUAUACACUACACACAUGCAUGCACACAUAUAUAAGAUACAUGCACACACAUGCAAGCACACACACACACACACACACACACACACAAAGACACACACGUACACACACAGUAGAAAGGCAUAUGCACGCACACAUAAACACGUACACGCCACACACCCACACAAACAUGCAGACACAUAAAAAACAGACACACACACACACACACACACACACACACACAUAAAACACACACACACACACACAUUUAAAUUCCUUAUUUGGAUUAGAAGAUAAGCAUAUCAUGGCAUAAUCCAAAUUUGAUAGAAAAGUGGCCAAUAAUCCAGUCCAUUAUGCACAUUAAGGCACAUUAUGCACACACCUACAGUACGCCUCCAUUUAAAGCUUCCAAUUACUGCUGAUACAGAGCAAUAUCUUGUCUGUUUUUUGGCCUUCUUCUCAUGUAGUCCACAGAUCUGCAGGCCUCGUACACACAUCUUGUGCACAUGACUUGAAUACCAAAAAUGACUGGACUCAGCGGCGGUCAUAUUUUGUACCGCUUUGCGGUACAUCUAGUUUUAUUUGGGUUAAUUAUUUGUAUCGCCAUUUCUUGCCAUUGAUGGUGUACAGUAUUGUUAUAUUUGAUCCCUUGGGGAUCAAUAAAGUAUCUAUCUAUCUAUCUAUCUAUCUAUUUAUUACAAUGCAAGCUUUAGACUGAAAUGUAUACAUGAUUACAUAUGUCUGCCUAUGGUAAUAUGAACAGCUCUAACCAGGGAUGUAGUGGAGGGUAAACACAGUUUAUCCACCUCUUAUUAGAGUUUAUCCACCUCUCAAAAGAGUUUAUUCACCAAUUGCAACUUUAAAAAAAAAAAAAAAAAAACACUGUAUUAUCCCCAUUCAUAAUGUACUCAUCAACACUCUAGGAACCAGUUGCUGUAAUACCACUGGUAUUGAUAUAAACAUUAGACAAUAACCUCCACCAUCAUCAAACAUGUUCUGAAGGCCUUUAAAAAAUAAUAAUAAUAAUCUGAUACCGCGAGGCACUGUCCACCUCACCGAUAUCCCAGAAUUCAUAGUUCACCCUCCUCUUAGUUCACCACUGCAUCCCUGGCUCUAACCGUAUUGCUUUGAUGAACUCAUGAGGUUGGUGUGAAGAACUCGCCCCCUUGUGGACUGAGAUGUCAAAUACUCUUAUAAUAUUUUUUGUUGUGUUUGUUUGUAAUGUUUCUUAUUUGUUUUCUGUAGGAUAUAUCUUGAUUGUUCCAUUUUUUUCUUGUACAGAGCUUAUCUUUUUCUAUAUAUGGGAGUUUACUCUUUAAUGUUUGAUUUUUUACUUUUUUUAAAUUGUUAUUAUGACUGUUUUGCUUGUUUUUUGUAAAGCACUUAGGAAAGUAAUAAAUAAAUACAUUUUAUUA